AUGGCAACCACAUCCCCCCAACCACCAGCUCCAACAGCUCCCACAGCAACCACUACAACCACAUCCCCAACAUCAACAGACCCCUUCGACUCCCUCCUCACACUCGAAGAUCAAUUCUACACAGAAGGCUACAACCAAGGCAUGGCCGACGGCCUGGCAGCCGGUCGUGCUGAGGGACGCCAGCUGGGGCUGGAACGCGGUUUUCAGAAGUUUGCGGAGGUUGGGAGGCUUCAGGGGCGGGCUAUUGUUUGGGCGAAUCGGUUGGGGGGAGCGAGAAAGGGUGAGGGUUCGAAGGGGGAGGGGGGAGGACGGGCGGUUCAGCGAGCAGCAACGGCGUCCACAUCCACAUCCACAUCUACAUCUACAUCUACAUCCACAUCCACAUCCACACCCCCCACGAAGCCCGAGCCAGAAACAGAAACAGACACAAGAGCAACACUCCCCCCCUUACCCCCCAACCCCCGCCUAUCCAAACACAUCACCACGCUCUACGCGCUAUCCGAGACAGAGAGCUUGUCAACAGAAAACAACGACGAGGCUGUCGAUGAUUUCGACGACAGGUUGCGAAGAGCACAGGGGCGGUUCAAGGUCAUUGAGCGGAUGGUUGGGGAGGGUGGGAUGGAGAAGGAGAAAGAGAAGGAUGCGUCCCAGGGGGUGAAGGAAGAGGUGAAGGAAGAAGUGAAGGGGGAAGUGGUAGAGGGGGGUAAGGAUGGGGAUGGGCAGGGGCAUGAUCCGGGUGAUGAUCUGGUUGUUGGGAAGGAGGGUGAGUUGGAGGUUUGA